AUGUCGCUGCAAUUCUUGAGUCAGAAGAGCUGGCAUCCCGCCAACAAGGCGAAUCAGAAGCGCAUCUGGAUGGCAGAGCAGGAGGCGGCCGAGCGGCGAGAGCGGGAGCAGGACAAGGUGAAGGAGGUGCGCAAGGCGGUGCAGGCUCAAAGGACCCGAGAAGCUGCUGCUCAGCCCACGGCUCCAGAGCGCGUGACGUUUCUGUACGCAGCUCCCCCAGGACUCGCACAAGUGACUGCAGACGGGGCUCAAGAGAAACAGCAGAGGAGAAAGGAGGAGGACGAGGCCGUGCGCGAGUUCCGACGCAAAGCUGCGAGACGCGGCGAGUCGCCGCGCAAAUUGGAGCGGGACGUGGGCCGCUGGGCACAAGAGACGCUGACAAUAAAGGACCAAGUGGACCGGUUUCCUGUUCUCAAGGGCGCGCCCGUGGAGGGGAAAUACGCGGAGACGAUCCGGGUGCAGUUCAAUCCACUGGGACUCCGAUUGCGCAACGUGCGCUGUCUUCGAUGCAGUGAGUGGGGACAUCAAAGUGGUGAUCGGGAGUGUCGAUUACGGAACGUGAAUCCAAAUGAUGCAGCGAGGCAGAGGUGGGAAGACCCUGUGACAGAGAUUAAGAAACUGAAGAUGGUCCAGCAGGAGUUGGUGCUAAGGAGAGGAGCUCUGCCGUUGGAAAUGCAAGAAGAUGGAGGAGAGUUUGAGAUUCUGCAGUCCGACGACGAUGAAGCUGAAGGUGUGUUCUUGGCGGGAUUGUCCGCGAAGCAGCGGAAGAGAUUGCUGAAAAAGCUAAAGAAGUCGUCGCAUAGCUGUGGCAGGCAUUCGGAUCCCGAUCUGUCGUGCCGUCAGGCACGAUCUAAAAAGGUGGGUAGGCACAAACAGUCGAGCGCGCAUAAGCGUGAGGGAAAGCGGAACAAGCGCUCCGAAAGACGGUCGCGUGAUGAUAACGACAGCGGGAAGACUGCCUGUCGGUGUCGUGAUGCGUCCAUAUUGCCGCGGCAAAGUCGCUAUUGUCUGAAUACUUGA